GUCUCGUCCCAUCCUCUCUGCGCCCGUGCCUGGCUGCAGCCAUUUACGGACGGUGCUGCAGCCUGCGACGUCAACUCACGGCCUCCCCUCCCGAAAUCUGCACCAGACUCCCGUCCUGCCAACCCGCGCUCUUUAUUCAAAAAUGGCGGCCUUUCUCUCGUACGUCGGUAACGUUGUUGCCGGCUACAUCGCCUUGACAUUGUUCUUCUAUCUCCUGUCGGUCGUGAUCCCUAAAGCCGCUUUCGUGGCCCGCUCGCUCGCCGCCUACCUCUCGUUGAUCGUCUGCUCGCUCUACGGCGUUGUCGCCUCGAUCGUGCUCCGCCUCACCGGCUACCAUCAGCUGUCGCAGUGGACCGUGGCCCGCAGCUUCAAGUACACAAUGCGCCUCACAACCGGGGUGACCUUCGAGGUGCAAGACCCCCACGGCCACCUCGACAACAUCCGCCCGGCUGUCUUCAUCGGAAACCACCAGACUGAGCUUGACGUGCUGAUGCUGGGCUGCAUGUUCCCCAAGUACUGCAGCGUGACGGCCAAGUCGUCGCUGAAGAAGACCCCGUUCCUCGGCUGGUUCAUGUCCCUCUCCGGCAGCAUCUUCAUCAACCGCUCCAACACCCACGACGCCCGCGAGGCCAUGCGCGGCGCCGCCGACGAGAUCCGCAAUAAGCGCCAGAGCGUCUACAUGUUCCCCGAGGGCACCCGCAGCUACGCCAAGGAACCCAUGCUGCUGCCCUUCAAGAAGGGCGCCUUCCACCUCGCCGUCCAGGCCCAGGUGCCCAUCGUGCCCGUCGUCGUUGCCAACUACAGCCACAUUUUCUGGAUCAAGGGGCUGGUGUUCAAGUCCGGCCGGAUCCCCUGCAAGGGUGGGUGCUGCCCUGUUCCUUCUCCAUUCGACUGUUGGCUAACUGCCCCCACCCGCAGUCCUCGACCCGAUUCCCACGACCGGCCUUACCGCCGCCGAUGUCGACGAGCUGACGAGGUCCACCCGCGAGCUGAUGCUCAGGGAGCUCAUCGACUUGACGAAGAAGGCGCCUGGGCGGCCUGCCACCCCCGGGAAUGGCCAGUCAAACGGGGUCGCCAAAGCCAUGAACGGCGAGACGAGGGACUCUUCCUAGCUUCGCCGUCCUCGAUGUGAGCGCCGCGC